AUGGAUACAGUUGUAUUGGUGGAUGCUCACGGGGAAAUGCUAGACAAUAUAGAGACACAGGUGUCAAGUGCAGUUGACCAUGUGCAAGAUAGGAACAAAGCCCUUUACAAAGCGAAACGUCUACAAAAAAAAAUCAAGGAAGUGUAUGUGCAUUGGAUAUCUGGCUUUCACCCAGGAGACCCGGGUUCGAUUCCCGGCAAUGGAACUUUUUUUUCUGCUUCGUUUUGGAAAGCUAUAGUGGGUCGAUCAAUUCGGAUCCGCAUCCAGAUCCAAAGAUAUCCACUCGUAAAGGUCAAACUCGCUCAAUAUCUGAUAAAGUUAUUCAGCAACAACUCAACACUUGGAAUCUUUAAUCCAUGUUUUUUUGCACAUCGAUUCGAAUUCAUUCAACUAAGCUUCACUUUCAUCACGAAAACGAUCUUGCUCAAUUUUUUGGUUCCUCAUAACAGGCAGGCAUAGGCAUUCUAUCACAUGGGUUCAUCGCAGAUAGAGAAGGAGGGUAAAAACGAAACCCAACAAACCCAAAUCGAAAGUGAAGAUGAAUCUUUUGAGAUUAAGGCUUGAAAGAGCUUCGUGGAUGCAUGGUUCUGGCUUUGAAUGAGGAAUACACAACUGAAUCUGCCCUUGUUAAGAAUAAAGAUGAGUUAGCCAUUAUACCUCCUAUAAGUGGAGGCUAGAUAAUAGAAAUCCCAUUUGUAUAUCUACAAAUAAAAUUUGAUUUGCUUUUGUUUGAUCAUGCUUAAUACAAUGUUAUAUAAUAAUGACAAUCUGUAUUAAGGUUUCACAUAAGAACUUUCCAAAAGUUGAAGAUAGAAAUCAAGAAAUUGACUAUGAAUUAUUUUUUUAGAUAGAUAAUCGCAAUAAAUAGUAAUGUACUUUCGAUUAUUUGUUUAUUAUUGCAUCCUACUUUUAUUCUUUGUAUUAGAGCAUUGUACUUUGAAAAGUCUACCAAAUUAUUGCAUCCUACUUUUAUUCUUUGUAUUAGAGCAUUGUACUUUGAAAAGUCUACCAAAUUAUAGUA